AUGACAGAACUUUCGUUUACCAAGAGCUUCCUUCAGGAUGUCGACUCCAAGCCAAUUAGGCUAUCCUACGACUAUGCCGUCCCUCCAGAGGACAUAAGACUACCUGUGCCUUAUACACUACCCCGUCUUCAACCCCCGCAUCCUCCAAUGGCCAAGAAGAUUAAGAUAGCCGCUGCUCCAGGCUCUGCGAAAUCAAUCAAUGUGCAAUUAAAAUCUGCGCGAAAUCCAGUCCUCGAAUUCUCCGUCGAUAAUGCCCCCCUCACAACGACAACGAUUCACGACCUACGCGAAGCUGUGCGUGGCCGCGUCGUCGCUGGCGAUGGGAAACCACCCCCAGCCGACAAAAUAAAGAUUCUAUACAAGAAGAAGCCGAUUGGCGGAAGUUCAGAAAAGACGUUAGCCGAGAUUUUGUCAGAUUCCGAACCCGAUGUGCUCGCUGGUGGCAAAACAGUCGAGUUUGGCGUUAUGAUUAUGGGAGGGGCCUCUGUCAAGUCGGAAACUACGGAGUCGCCAAUUGGCGCAGCAGCAAAGGUUGUAGAGACGGAGCCGUUCGCGUCGGUUCCAGCUCAGGGAUUACGAGGGCAGCAGGUUCUACAGACCGAAGAGUUCUGGAAAGACUUGGAAGGGUUUUUGGAGUUGAGGACCAAGGAUACGGUCGAAGCACUCCGACUUGCGGGGGUCUUCAAGCGAGCGUGGCAGGCAGAUGCUGCGCGGUCAUGA